GUCGACAUCGACGGGGACGACGGAGAUGAGCAGAAGCCGGUCGACCUGGCGGUGCCGGUGGCCUCCUACCCGCCCCCGCCGAUGCCCAGCGGGCCGAGGAAGGCCAGCCUGAAGCUCAACACGAGCACGUCGACCGCGGGCACCAGCACCGCGGCCUCUUCGGAGCUGGGCGGCCGCCACCUGCACCGCACGCUGUCCGACGGCUCCGUGCCGACCGCGGAGCUUGGCGAGGACCUGUCCAGGCGACUGGAGAAGAUCGACGGCAAGCUCGACUGGCUCGUCAGCCGCAUCAAGGCCACGAGCCUCGCGGCCACCCGUCGCGACAGCGGCGCCGGCAACGGCCGCGGCGGCGCCGCCUGCGUUCCGAUGAGCGCCCGCGGCUUCGGCUCGCUGGUGUCGGUGACGGACACCGACCAGAAGACGACGACCCUGCGCAACCUGGCGGACGGGGGCAACGUGAUCAACAUCUCGCCCCCGCUGACGGUCAACGCGCCGCUGCCCGGUGGCGCCGGGCCCAACAUCCUGCGGCGCGGGUCGACCCCCGUGGAGAGCGUCGACAGGGCGGCGGCUAGCAACAGCGACGAGGCGUCGUCCUCCCCCGGGAGCCCCACGGUGGCCCAGUGCCCGCCGCGGUCGCCCAGGACGUCCGGCAACGUGCUACCGACCUCUCAGAUCCUGCUGCCGGACUUCAUCGGUUCGAGGCGCCCGUCCGUUGCCAGCCACCAGAGCUUCCAGAGCCGCGGCCACGGCAGUUCGACCUCGCACCAGCGGCCGUCCCUGCGGCUCCACGGCGAGGCUGG